AUGGAAUUGGGAGUGAUACUUCGAGACAAAUUCAUAUGUGGAUUCGAGAAAGGGCCGAUUUUAGACAUAAUGCUGGAAGAAAAAGCAUCCAUAUCAUUCGAAGAAGCCAUUGGAGUUGCAGAGAACAAGAUGGUCACCCAACAAAGCUACCGGAUUUCAGGCGUGAAGGAAGAAAUGGUGAAUCAUAUUCGCGCAGAAAGAAGAAAUGGAAAUGAUGACGUCAGAUACCAGAGUAGAAGUUACACGCAGAAGCAGUGUCAGCAGACACGUGAUAGAGCAAGAACACCACCAAAGCAAAAACCACAGAGCUGCCAAUGUUGCGGGAAAAACGGACAUUUUGAACAGAAUUUUCUUGUAGAUGUACUGGAGGAUGAAACAGAAAUUGAUUCUGGUGCUAGUAUAUCAGCUAUAUCCGAUAAAACAUAUAAAGAAAAUUUCAAUAAAUAUACAUUAAAACCUUGCAAUAAGUACUUGUAUUUUUAUAAUGGUGCCAGAGUACACCCGAAGGGAAUUUUGGAAGUUAAGGAUAGUUUUAAGAAUUUGCAACAAGUACUAGAAUUAUAUGUCUUGGAAGGUGGUGAGCCACCAAUAUUAGGGAGAGACUUUUUGAAUAUGUAUAAUAUUAAAUUUGAAGGAGUAAACUUUGUGAAUUGCAACAAAUCAGAAUUAGAAACUAUUUUGACGGAAUUCAAGGAUCUCUUUAAUAAAGAAUUAGGGAAAUUUACAAGAGUAGCUUCUUUGAAACUUGAAGAUGAAAAUGUGGAGCCUAAGUUUUUUAAAUAUAGACCGGUACCGUUUGCUAUCCGGAGAAGUGUUGAAGAUGAAAUUGAAAGACUUUGUUCUCUAGGUAUUUUGACUCCUGUGGAGUACAACAGUUGGGCGACACCGGUGGUACCAGUAUUUAAGAAAAAUGGUUCGGUGAGGUUGUGUGGAGACUACAGGAUCUCAGUUAACCCUCAUAUUGAAGUGGACCAGUAUCCAAUUCCCAGGAUUGAAGAAUUGUUCUGUAGGCUGCAGGGAGGUGAAGAGUUUAGUAAGCUUGAUCUUUCUGAUGCUUAUCAGCAAAUUUGCCUUGAUGAAAAAUCACAAGAAUUACGCACUAUAUCGACACAUAAAGGUUCAUUUAGGUAUAAUCGAUUGAAUUUCGGCAUAGCCUCAGCACCUGCUAAAUUCCAAAAAAUUAUGGAAUAUGUUUUGGGAGGUACGGAUGGGGUGGUUGUCUUCCUGGAUGACAUUUUGAUAACGGGUAAGAAUAAAGAGGAACACUUACAAAGAUUAAGACUUGUUUUGGAAACAUUGAGAAAUUCAGGUUUCAAAAUUUCCGUAGAUAAAUGCGAAUUUUUUCAAAGUAGUGUUAAUUAUCUGGAGUACGGGAUCGAUAAGGAAGGGUUGCAUACAAAUGCUAGUAAAGUGUUAGCUAUUAAACAAGCUCCGAGGCCGACAAAUGUUACAAGUUUAAAGUCGUUUUUAGGUACGGUCAAUUACUAUGCGAAAUUUGUAAAGAACAUUGCCACAGUUUUAUAUCCAUUGUAUAGGCUACUAAAGAAAGAUGUAAAAUGGAACUGGGAUAAUAAUUGUGAAGCAGCUUUUGUCAAAAUUAAAUCCCUGUUGAUAUCAUCUGAGGUCCUGGUUCAUUUUGAUCCAAAGUUAGAACUUAAAUUAACUGUGGAUGCGUCUUCCUUUGGCGUUGGCGCAAUUUUGAGUCAUGUAGUAGCGCCAGGAAUUGAAAAACCGGUAGCGUAUGCUUCUCGAACUUUAACCAGAAGUGAACAGAAUUAUUUUCAGAUUGAAAAAGAAGCACUAGCAAUUAUUUUCGGGGUAUUUAAAUUUAAUCAGUACUUAUUUGCUAAGAAGUUCACAUUGGUCACGGAUCAUAUGCCGUUGGUAGCAAUUUUCGGUCAUAAACGACAAAUUCCGCAAUUCUCGGCGAAUAGAUUGCGCAGAUGGGCUGUUAUACUUUCAAAUUAUAAUUAUGAGGUUCAAUAUGUUCCUUCCAAUAAAAAUGUGGCCGACGCACUAUCUAGAUUACCGUUAGAAAAUGAAGAAAAUGAGAAGAAAGAGCUUGAAGAUGUAGAAAUAAACUAUUCUUUGUUUUUUGCGGAAAACACAGAAACUAUUCUUUGUAGAUUUUUGCUUGAUUAUAGAAACACUCCUCAUAGUACCACCGGAGUCAGCCCCGCUAAGUUGAUGUUCGGCAGAAAUUUAAUUAAUAGAUUCGAUCUCUUGUUACCCAACGUUAGACAGUCGGAUAUCAAAAACGAUAAUUUGGAUAGAAGGAUAGAGUCAGAACAGGCUAGACAAAAGUAUCAUUAUAACGGAAAGAAGGAAGAUAAUUUUAGAAAUGGAGAGGAAGUAUAUGUGAAAGAUUAUAGGGACCGGAAUCAAAAAUUGAAUAAGAUCUGGAAACGCCAUGCGAAUCAGAUUAAAAAAAGGUUCCCGGAAAUUGUCUACCCAAUAAAGAUCCCUGAUUCUGAGUGA